AUGCAGUGGAGACAACAUAUCAAAAAGUUGAAGGUCGAUAAGAUCACUGCUUGUUCGGAGCGUCUCGCUAGUGCCAGUCUUCAUCGUGCUAUCAAGCACCUGAAGUUUUAUGAGAAGGGCUCGAACACUACGUCGGGAGUAGGAGAUAAUGAACACGGUGUUGGCGCUCUUCGUGGUGAUAAAAGAGCCCAGACCAUGGAAGAAGUGUCCCUUAAGAUGCAUAUGAUGGGUUCUGCAGCGACGGAAAGCUUCCCACGAUUUGGCAAAGAGGAAUUUCGAGACGCUACACCAAAGGGCUUACAGUGA